AGAAAAAACUUUCCCGGGACAAUCCUCGGCGCUCUCCCGCGCUCUCCCCCACUUGCUCCGGGAGCCCCGCUCGGCCGCCGCCCCCGCUCGGCCUUGGGCUGGAGGGCCGUCCGGCGUCCCGGCGGCUCCCCCUUCCUUCCUUCCCCCUUUCCUCCUCCUCCUCCUCCCUCCAGCCGGGGAGGAAGCCCGGGCGCCAUCUAGGGCUUCUGCCUCCGCCUCCCCUCCACCCGAGCGGGCUUCAGGCGGGGCCGGCGGAGCGGGCGGAGGGGCAAGCGGGCAGGACAGGCCGGAGACUUUCCCUUCUCCGCAGGCAGGCAGGCAGGCCGUCUGUCCGGCCAUGGCAAGCGGCGCGGCGGCGGCGGCGGCGGUGCCGGAGGCGGACGAGGAGCGUCGGGCGGCGGCGCUGCAGAAGCUGCUGGUCCGGCUGCGGAACCUGCAGGAGGGGAAGCAGCUGGAGAGCCUCUUGCAGACGCUGCAGGACCUGCUGGCCUUCGCCGCCCUGCCCGGCGGCGCCGCGCUCUUCCGCGACGGCAGCAUCUACGUGCCUCUGCUGCUGGUGCUGGUCUCUUACCUGAGGGUGGGGCGAGUGCAACAGGUGGGCUGGACCCUUCUUUGCAAACUUAUUAAAAUAUGCCCAGAAACUCUGCAUCAUUUAACAGCGCCACAAGGAGUUGGAAAGGACUGGGAAGUUCUCAGUGUCCAUCAGCAAAUUCUUAAGAUGCUUAAAACCCACUGUGCUGAUGUGCAUCUUUCAACGGUUGGCUUGAAAGCAUUGAAUCGACUUCUUUCUUCAGAUGAAAUCACACUCCUUCUCUUAGAAGAAGGGACCGAUAUAUUUUUAUUGUUAUUUGAUGCCAUGGAUUCCUUCCCGGAUAACGAAAAGAUCCAGAGAUACGGAUGCAAAGCUUUGCACAUGCUUUUAGAAAAAGUUCCCGAGGAGCAGCUGAUCGAAUUUGUCGAAGAGAACGACCACUUGAUCAUACUGAAAGUGUUUAAACAAUUCCCCGAGAAGGAAAAAGUCCUUUGUUCGGCCCUCCGAUCGUUAUAUGUGUUGGCUGGACCACUUAGCAAUGCGGAAGUUCUCAUGUCUGGAAAUGUGCGGUGUUACAAUAUCAUAGUGGAGAUUAUGAAAGCGUUCCCUGCGUGUGAGCCAAUUCAGGAAGUCAGCUGCUGCCUGCUGCACAAACUUACGUUGGAAAACUUUUUCAAUAUCCUCGUGUUGAAUUCUGUGCACGAAGUGGUCGUGAAGGCGGUAGAAACGUACCCUAAAAACGAGAAGCUACAAGCAGCAGGCCUCAGCUCCUUGGCUCUCCUCACGGAAACCAUCUUUUUAAACCAAGAUUUGGAAGAUAAAAAGGAAGAAGAGGAGGAGGAAGAAGAAGAUAAAUUAUAUUGGCUGGAAGCCUGCUAUAAAGCGUUAAAAUAUCACAGAAGAAAUAGAGAUGCACAGGAAGCGGCUUGCUGGGCUUUGAACAACUUGCUUAUGUAUCAGCCUACUCUUAAUGAGAAGAUUGGGGACGAAGAAAAAAAGUACCCAGCACACAGAGAGAUGAUGCUAGCUAUGUUGAUGUAUUAUUCUACUUCCAAAGAAGUGUUCCAGGCUGCUGCCACUGCCUUAGCUACUCUCGUGAAGCAAAAUGCGAAUGCCAGAGAAAUUCUCUUGGCGAAAGGCAUACAUAUGAAUGUGCUGGAGAUCAUGCGGAAACGGUCAGAUUCUCCCGAAAUUGCAGAAAGUGCUUGCCGGUUGCUGAACCACGCUUUCGAAGGAAGUUCCCUACAGUUGGAUAUCUUGAUUGCGGCUGCCUCGGGAUGUAUAAGGACAAUGAAGAAGCAUAAAAACUUGCCAUCAGUACAGUUGGAAGCUCUUAAAGUAAUUUUACAUUGCAUGGCACCAGGAGUGAUAAAAAAUCAGAACCAUGUUAGUUCAGAAGACACUCACCAGAAAACCAUGUCAGCACUUUUGAAAAGCGAGUUUCUGUUAGAAGGAGGUCAUUCACUUGUGAUUGGUGCUCUGAACACGUUUAUUGGAAAUCCAGGCAUUCAGAGAUGUGGACUUCAAAUACUUUCCACCAUAAGAGAACGUCCGAUUUUAUCACAAAUGUUGUCUAACCUAGGCAUGGCGGAUACUCUCCUCCACACACUACAGAUGUAUCCAGAUGAUCAAGAAAUACAACGCUUAGGUUUAAACUUUCUGGGAUCCUUGAUAUCAGAAAAGAUCUUAUGUACGACUACUUUCUAUGCCUUGGUAACCCCUUUGGUUUCAACAUUACGGCGCUUUAAGGAUGUUGUCGAUAUUCAGGCUCAGGGAUUCCAAAUGAUUGCAACCAUCCUCGACUCCUCCCCUUGGUUUGCAAAGCUGCUCAUACAGGAAUCGUUCGAGACCUGUCUCUUCCACCAGCUCUCCGUGUGUUUUAACGAACAAAGAGACCAACAGUUUCAAAGCCUUUGCUGUAAAUGUUUUGCGAAAAUAACCGAACACAACGACUUGAAAAACUUGAUGCUGGAGAAGGCCUGCGAGGAAGGCAACAGUGUUAUGGCCGAGUGUUUGCUGCUCCUGGGCGCCGACGUGAAUGCAAGCUCGAAGGAAAAGUCCUUAAUUUACGAAGUAUGCGAGAAAGGAAGCAGCCCAAAAGUGGUCGGACUCCUGCUCAACAGUGGCGCCCGAGAACAAGACGUCCGGAGCGCUCUAACAGUCAGCAUCAAGAAAGGGAACAGCGAGAUCAUCAGCCUGCUUCUGAAAAAACUUUGCCUGGAUGUGGCCAACCGCAGCAUUUGCCUGGGAGGGUUCGGUAUCGGCCGAAUGGAACCUUCUUGGCUGAUCCCCUUGUUUCCGAGCGGACUUACAUCCUCCCGGAAGCAAACGAAUCCAAGUUCUCCGUUGGCCGUAAUGAUCCUUCGAUACCAAAGGACGAGCAGUUACGAAGAUCAGUCAAGAUCCGACAUCAAUAGCCAGAACGAUGAAAUGCUGAAGUUGGAUGAAUGGACGUUCUUACCUGACCCUUUAGUGGACAAUGUUUUCUCUUUGACUGACGAUGUAGACAGCGAAGGGAGUGAAAGCUCAUUUAUGGUGAGGCAAAAAUCUUACUCUGUGGCCGCUGCCGACCUCUGCAAACCUCUUCGGACUUUUACUCCCCCGCAACAAAGACAUUCCAAGUCUGUGGGGGCUGGCUCGCCUUACGAACCGCUAAAGAACCAAAGAAGAAAAAACAUGUUUUCGGAAGACUCGAACAAAGGCGCGUCUGUAUCGCAAUCCAGCAUGAAGAGCUCCGACAGCUUCUCUUCCCUGGUCUCCGACAGAGAAUAUAUUAAAUCCCUUGAUUUGUCCUCAAACGAGCUGGAGAAUAUAGAUCACUUCGGUCAAAGUCUUGGCUUAAUUACUCAUUUCGAACACCUCGACAAAUUAGAGCUGCAUCACAACCAGCUUUCGUGCCUUCCGAAGACGCUUUGCGAGACCAUGAAAUGUUUGACCUAUCUGGACCUCCACAGCAACCGUUUGAAGACUUUCCCGCAAUAUCUCUUGGAAAUGCCUCAGAUCGUCCACCUCGACAUUUCGCGAAAUGAAAUUGGACCCACCUUAAGUUUCAGUCCAACGAUCACCUGUCCAACUCUAAAAUUACUCAAUUUGUCCUACAACCAACUGUUGGGCAUCCCUAGAUAUCUUGGCAAUAUUCUCAGCAAGCUGGAACAUCUUAUAUUGGAAGGUAACAAACUUUCAACGCUAGUUGCACGAACCAGUUUGAAAGAACUGAAAAAUUUAAACAUUAGCAAGAAUGACAUAUCGUACCUGGACACCGAAUUUAUGCAGGACUGUUUGAAAUUGGAAAUACUCAGUGCAGCAGCCAAUAGGAUUUAUACCAUAAAGGACUUGCCUUGUAACAUCACUACCUUGAAACUAUCUCAGAAUGCUUUUUUCACUGUUCCAGAGGCCAUUCUUCUUCUACCGCACUUGCGAUCGGUGGAUUUAAGCAGCAACAAAAUUGUGACGCUACCUGGACCUGCGUUUUGGAAGUCGUCCAAUUUAAGGGAAUUGAUAUUUAACCACAAUCAAAUAAGCAUCCUAGACUUGAACGACAAAGCGUCUUCCUGGUCUCGGCUCGAAAAGCUACACCUGUCUUACAACCGAUUAAGAGAGAUCCCUCCUGACAUUGGAUUUCUGGAAAACUUGACAUCGUUUGAUGUUAGUUACAAUCCAGCCAUACGGUGUUUUCCAGAUGAAAUGGGGAAAUUGUUGAAUAUAUGGGAUCUUCCUUUGGAAGGAUUACAUCUUAAUUUAGAUUUUAAACAUGUGGGAGACAAAGCAAGGGAUAUUAUCCGGUUCCUCCAACAGCGCUUAAAGAAAGCGGUCCCCUACCAUAGAAUGAAGCUCAUGGUUGUUGGAAACGCCGGCAGCGGUAAAACAACCUUGCUGCAACAGCUCAUGAAAUGCAGGCGGCCAGAUGUGGGACCUCAGAAGCCGACCAUCGGAAUCGAUGUGAACGAUUGGAAGAUCCCCCGAAAAGGCAAAAUCAAGAAAGAUACCGUUUUAAAUGUCUGGGAUUUUGCAGGUCAGGAAGAAUUCUAUAGCGCUCAUCCCCACUUUAUGACUCAGCGAGCUCUAUACCUUGCGGUGUACGACCUCAGCAAAGGAGAAUCAGAAGUGGAUGCCAUGAAACCCUGGCUCUUUAAUAUCAAGACCCGAGCCUCCUUCUCCCCUGUGAUUCUCAUUGGGACUCAUUUAGACAUCGCUAACGAGAAGCAGCGUAAAGCUUCCAUCAGCAAAAUCACCAAGGAGCUGAUGAAUCAGAAGGGAUUUCCUAAAAUCCACGACUAUCACUUUGUGAAUGCCACAGAAGAGUCGGAGGCCAUGGCUAAACUUCGACAAAUCAUCAUCAAAGAAUGCCUGGAUUUCAAAAUCAGAGACCAGCCUGUGAUUGGCCAAUUAAUUCCAGACAGCUACUUAGAACUUGAGAAGAGCAUUCUGGAAAUACGCAAGACAUUGCCGGCUGAAUUCCCCGUGAUUGGCCAGAAUCAGCUUUACGAAUUGGUGCAAGAAAAGCAGCUGCAAUUGGAUGAAAACGAGCUUUCUCACGCUGUGCAUUUUCUGAACGAAUCGGGUGUCCUGCUCCACUUUCAAGAUCCAGCCCUUCAGCUCAGAAAUCUCUAUUUUGUCGAUCCCAAAUGGCUGUGUAAAAUCAUAGCCCAGAUCUUUACGGUGAAGGUGGAUGGCUUUACCAAAUACCCCAAAGGGAUCAUAAAGCGUUCAGAUGUGGAAAAAUCCCUGCUAAAGAACAGUAAAUUCCCUGAGAUUUGCAAGUGCCAAUACUUCAAGCUUCUAGAGAAAUUCCAGAUUGCUCUGCCGUUAGGAGACGAUCAGCUGCUUAUUCCGAGCAGCUUGUCAGAUCAACGGCCUGUGAUAGAACUGCCUCACUGUGAAAACUCUGAGCUUAUCAUAAGACUGUAUGAGAUGCCGUAUUUUCCUAUGGGAUUUUGGUCCAGGCUGAUUAAUCGACUGCUUGAAGUGUCUUCAUACAUGCUUUCUGGAAGAGAACGAGCUCUUCGUCCUAACAAGAUGUACUGGAGGCAAGGCAUAUAUCUGAACUGGUCUCCAGAAGCUUACACCCUGGUGGAAUCUGCAGUUCUGGAAAACAAUCUAAACAGCUUUCUGAAAAUCACGGUCCCUUCCUGCAGAAAAGGUUGCAUCAUUUUGGGGCAAGUUGUAGACCACAUUGAUUCUCUUAUGGAGGAAUGGUUCCCAGGUUUAUUGGAAGUAGAUAUUUGUGGCGAAGGAGAAACACUGUUGAAAAAAUGGGCUUUGUACAGCUUUGAGGAUGGAGAGGAACGUCGGAAAAUAUUGCUUGAUGACCUACUUAAAAAGGCAGAGGAAGGUGACCUCUUAAUAAAUCCAAAUCAACCAAAGUCUACUGUUCCAAUAGCUCAGAUUGCUCCCGAUUUGAUUUUGGCCGAUUUACCUAGAAACAUCAUGUUGAACAACGAGGAACUGGAAUUCCACCAAGCUCCAGAAAACCUUCUCGGUGACGGUGGAUUUGGGUCUGUGUACCGUGCUGUUUAUGCUGGCGAAGAAGUAGCCGUAAAGGUUUUUAAUAAGCACACGUCCCUUCGGCUUCUGAGACAGGAACUUACGGUGCUUUGCCACCUUCACCAUCCCAGCCUGGUGUUCCUGAUGGCUGCGGCUGUGCGUCCCCGGAUGCUGGUCAUGGAAUUAGCCUCCAAGGGGUCUCUGGAUCGGUUGCUGCAGCAGGAGAACGCAGGCCUAACCAGAACCUUACAGCACAGGAUAGCUCUGCAUGUGGCAGAUGGCUUGAGGUACCUACAUUCUUCCAUGAUCAUCUAUCGCGACUUAAAGCCUCACAACGUCUUGCUCUUCACGCUUUAUCCCAAUUCAGCGGUCAUUGCCAAGAUUGCUGAUUACGGCAUUUCCCAAUAUUGUUGCCGAAUGGGAAUAAAAACCUCCGAAGGCACACCAGGAUUUAGAGCCCCAGAAGUUGCAAAAGGAAAUGUUAUUUACAACCAGCAAGCUGAUGUUUAUUCAUUUGGCUUGCUGCUGUAUGACAUUUUGACAGCUGGUGGAAGAAUAUUAGAGGGCAUAAAAUUUCCUAAUGAAUUUGAUGAAUUAGCUAUCCAUGGAAAACUGCCAGAUCCUGUCAAAGAGUACGGUUGUGCCCCCUGGCCAAGAUUCGAAGAUUUAAUUAAGAAAUGUUUGAAAGAAAAUCCUCAAGAAAGACCUACAUCUGACCAGGUUUAUGAAAUGUUGAACUCUGCAGAACUGGUUUGCUUCCUGAGACACAUUCCGGUGCCCUCUCCUUUUGCGUCGGAAUGCAUGGUGGUUACGAACCAAAAUAACAAGAAAACCGGUAUCUGGAUCGGAAGUGGCGGCAGAGGUGAAGCCCGGCUGUCAUUUGUCGACGUAAAUACCGAGGAACACACCUGUGAAGACGUUGAAGAUAUUAGGAUACUGUGCUUGGCCUUGGUGACACUUUCUGCCGAGAAGGAGAACUGGGUGAUUGCAGGGACUCAGUCAGGAUCCCUCUGGGCCUUUCACACCCAAGAUGGAGCAUGCAGGCAUCGGUUUCACAUAAUGACAGAUUCGGUCACCUGCCUUUACUGCAGUCCCUUGCAAAAGCAUAACAAGUACAAGAACGUCUUUUUGGUGGGUACAGCCAAUGGACAGCUGGCCAUCUUUGAGGACCGAGCAAUCAAGGGCAAAAGUGCCACACCCUUAAGGACUUUUCUCGUGGGAAGUGAGAGCACGCCACUGAUGUGUUUAAGUGAAUCAAAUUAUUCCUCUGACAGAAGUGCAAUCUGGGGCGGCUGCGGAUCCAAAAUAUUAUCAUUGUCCAGCGAUUUAUCUACCCACAAACUCAUUGAGACCAAGACGAGUCAUCUGUUAUGUCACAAAGACUACUGCAAUGCCAAUAUUAUUUCUAUAGCAGUGGACAAGUUUAUCUACUUGGCAAAGAAGGAGAGCUAUUUUGUUGAGAUUUGGGACAAAAAGACAGAGAAGCUUUGCGAACUGAUUGACUGUGUACACUUACUAAAAGCGGAGGUGCCAGAAUUGAACACGGAAUCCAAACAGAAACUCGUUUACCCGGGAAGAGUGAAGAGCCUCUGCCUUCAGAAAAAUACGGCAUUGUGGGUGGGCACAGGGGGCGGCCACCUAUUACUACUUGACCUGUCCACGCGCCUCCCCAUAUGGAUAAUACGCGAUUUCUGUCGUUCCGUGAGAUUCAUGAUGACAGCCCAACUAGGCACUCUCAGGAAUGUUGUUCUGGUCUUGGGUUAUAGCCAUGAAGAGGAGGGUGAAGACGGACACAUUAAAGGGAUACCGUCUUCUGUGUCUAUCUGGGAUGUGAAUCUGCCGCAUGAAGUGCAAAACUUGAAAAAACAUAUUGUGAUGAGGCAGGCGCUAGCAGAGAAGAUGAAGCAGAUUUCCUUGGAUUAACUUGAAGGAAUUUACACUAGAUUUACACGAAGCCAUGGAAAUUAGUUUCGUUGAAGGACGGCGUGAAAUACUUGCUAAAUGCAACAUGACCACUUUGCUUCCUUUAAAAUGAAACAAAAAUAUGAAUUAUACAGCAGUGUAUAAUAUUCCACACUAAAAGGAUAAAAGCGUAGCAGCGCAAAUCUAAUUUCAGAUGCCACUAGGUUUAAAUUAAUUCCCUUUGGCUACUACGUUUCCCCGAAAACAAGACAGGGUCUUAUUUUCUUUUGACCCCUGAAAUAAGCGCUUGGCCUUAUUUUU